AAAUGCUACUGGUCGCACCAACCAAAAUCCUAUUCUACCUGAAAGAGAACGAGGAAACAUUUAAAACAUUUAUGGAGCUGGAAGAGGAAUCCGUGGGCUACGAUUUAAUCAUGGAAACCAUUAGUUGCAACAGCGAAACAGCAAUGAAACAUUUAGUAGUGGAGCAGAUGGGCAAGAUGGGGCUGCUGAGUCAGAUCAUCGAACGGUGUGUGCGCGAAGACGAGGACUCGUCAUCGGGUGCCGUGACGGCGUUAGAUAGAAUAUUAGAAG